CACUAUAAAUAUACAGGUACCCUCCCCACCAUUCGGAGUUAGUGAUUCAGUCGGCACGGAAGACUCAGAAAGACUGGAAGACAGCUAAGCAAGGAGUAAGGAGACAAGUGUUCUGCACCCGGAACAUUAGGAAAGUGGGAUUGUUGAAAGGUUGUGAUAGAUGCCUCUGGUUUUUUAGUGAAAUUUCUCUCAUGCACAAACAAAGAAUGAAAAAACUUGUGCUUUUUUUAGGUUGAAUGGGGACCAAAGCUUUUUAAUAUACUAGCAAAGUCCCAAGAAAAGAGACCCCUCCUAUAACCUAAUGAAUUGACCAUGGCUCCCACAAUUGCUUAGACUUCAGCACCAAAGCCAGCAUGUAAAAUGCUAGCAAUUGGAUUGGGAAUUCAGAAUAGCCUUUUUUUCUCUUCACUUUCCUCCUUAGAUUUUUUGAGCUAAGAAAAGAGAUGCUUUUUAUGGGGUUUGGAUUGAUUGGUUUCUGGCACUUAUCAUUGGACAAAACUUAGCUGCGGUAACAUAUAUGCUUUUGGUGACGUUUUCCGAUUAAAAGUGGAGUUUCUUGCAUUUAUGGUUUGGAGGUUUGGUUGUUGGCCUUUAUUUUUUGUUAACGAAAACAAGGGACUAAACUGUGGUGUGUUGGCCAGAGUGUUGGAAGUUCUGAUAAGUCAAGAAGUCAUGAUUUGUUGGGUUGUUGCUGUUGUGGGGUCUCAUUCAAUGACCGACUCCUGACAUUGCUGUGAUAAAUGUGAAUUAUUGGAAUCUGAAGGUUUCCCAUGUUGAAAGGGAAGUUUUGGUGGUAAGUACACACUUGUAGGAAGAGUUAAAGAGUUAAACAUAUCACAUCAUAGGGGCAGUCCAUUGCAUAUAACAUUAAUAGGGCUUGGUGCCCUUUUUUUGUUAUUGCUAUCUAUGAAUGAAUAAAUUAUAAAAUGCCCUUAUAAAUGUUUAUGGAGGUUAGAUUUGUAGGCGAGGGAAUAAAAUUGUAGUUGUUAGUAGCUAUAUACAGGGACACAAAUUGACUAUGGUGGGAAAUUAGUACACUCUUUUCAGUUCACCGCGGCAAUAGAUAGAGGGUUUAAUGGUUAUGCAUUGUCAUAUAAAUUUUUUUACACGGUGAACUAAUCAAAAUUACACUUUGUAUGACUUUUAAGAUAGUUAUUGUAAAAGUUAACAAACUUAUUAUUUAUGGUAAUUUGUGAUUUAAUGACUGUGUAAAAUUGUUUUACUCUAUCAGUGCAUGACUAUUAAACUCAGAUAAAUAAAUGGCUCACCCUUAAUGGUGGGGACUUCUUGAUAUCAGCAUGAGAAAUCUUGCAACACUAAAAUACAGCCACUCAUCUGUCUGUAAAGUUAUGGACGGAAUUUGCAGAACACUGUGGAGUCCACGGAUUUGUUGGAUUUGUGUAAUUAGCCUCUUUGUUUCAGUUACUGUAAACAAGAUAAUUCCCCUAGGGGCAUCUCAGGUAUUCCUGGUGCUUUUUCCUUCUGGCAGACACUAUUCCAGUAUCUGUGAUUUCUUCGACUUGUUUAAUCUCUCUGAUAGGAUCUUGCAUGAUUUUGCUUUGCUUUUGGAGAAACUAAAGCAGUUAACAUUUAACAUUUUUAUUGUAGUUUGCAGAUCAAGGUGACCUUUUGUAUAUGAAUUUCUAAGGUCUUGUCAUGGAGUGGAAUGCAAAAUCUCUCGGGCAAUGGGACUGGGAGCACUUAUUCUUCUUCAAUGCAAAAGCCACUGAAAAUCCCAGAUUACAACCUAACAAUUGUAGCGAAGCAGAUCAAGAAAUCAAUGUUGGGGCGUUGUAUCCAUCAGGUGGUAGUGCUUGUUCUGGCUCUGAGCUAAUACAUGCUUCCUCAUCAAGGAGCUCAAAAUCAGCUUCCAACAAUUCGUCAUCAAACGGCGAUAGCAAGGCAUCUAUAUUGACUCUGGAAGGUUCUCAGGAUGAUUCCACUGGGAAGAAAGAAUUGUGCAAUGGAGAGCCAGUUGAAACUUCUCCAGCAGCAGUGCCGUCUCCUGUCUCUGGUGAACCAUUGCUCACUCUAAAGCUCGGCAAACGAUUAUACUUUGAGGAUGUUUGUGCAGGAAGUGAUCCCAAGAAACCAUCUUCCUUUGAUGUUCCCAUUUCAUCAGGAAAGAAGUAUAAAACCAGUAGUCAGAAUUUGCAGCAUCCAAGCUGCCAGGUGGAAGGAUGUGGCCUUGACCUCUCGGUCGCUAAAGAUUACCAUCGCAAGCACAGAGUAUGUGAAACUCAUUCCAAGUCCCCAAAGGUGGUUAUAGCUGGUUUGGAACGUCGGUUUUGCCAGCAAUGUAGCAGGUUCCAUGCUCUGUCAGAGUUUGAUGACAAAAAAAGAAGUUGCCGACGACGUCUUUCAGAUCACAAUGCAAGGCGCCGCAAACCUCAGCCUGAUGCAAUCCAAUUGAAUCCAUCGGCUUUGUCUUCAUCACCCUAUGAUGGGAGGCAAAUAAUGAACCCAUUUGCAUUUUCAAGGACUGCUACAAAUUUAGCAUGGCAAGACAUACACAGCAGCAAGCUCCCCCAGACAAAAGAUUUUCUCCCAAAGCCUGCAAAAGCCUUCAACAAGAUUCCAAGUAUUGUCUCUAUGAUUUCUGAUGAUGCCAGUGGCCUUCUAACAUCCAGAGGCAUAGCAACAAAGAGUAAUGUUCCAGAAUUCUUGUGUUCAGGUAUAGAAGAUCCCAAUACUUCAUGUGAUCCAAAUGCUACACAAGAUGUUAACCGUGCUCUCUCUCUUCUGUCAACCAAUUCAUGGGGUGCAUAUGAGACUAAGUCCCUUUCCCUGGACCACUCCACUCGAACAACUGGCAUCACUCAGGCCAUAACACACUCAAUGAGCCAGCGGUUACCAUUUCCUUCAUCGGAAUAUUGGCAUGCUGAUCAGCAACAACCACCACCUCCUUCCACCAUGUGUAUUUCAUUCUCGGAUUGUGAUAACAGCAAUCGCUUUCAAGACUUUCAGCUGUUGAGUGCACCCUAUGAAUCAGGUUUUCCCUGCAACCAACUGGAGUAACAAGACUAUGAUCUCACUCAAAAGGUUUCAGCAUCAACAAGUCUGUCUCAAAUGUCUUAUGGAUAAAAUAUUCUGCCUCAAUGUUGGGGUUGGUGUCUUUAUUUUGCUUCUUUUUUGAAAUGGAUAUUAAACUGCAUGAUCACGGCGACAACUCCGUUUUCUGAAUGGUGAAAUGCCUGUUUUCUUGAAAACUCGCUCACCAAGACUUAUUUACAUUUUGUACCAGACUGCAGUCAUUGAAUAUUAACUUUAAUUUCUACUUAA